AGUUGUAGUCUCCCUGCCCGCCCACAACAAAGGCGCCGCCGACUCGGCCAGGCGGAGGGCAGGAGCCCCAGACCCUGCUGCUUGCCUUCUUCCUCUCGGGGGGCUGGAGAGAGCCCACCCCCAAAAGAAGGAAGGGGGCUGCGGGGGGUUAGCCUUUUCUCCCUGGGAUUGGCAGGUCUGAAACUCUGCAAAAAGCCGAUUGCCGCUGUGAGGAGAUGAAAGGAAGCCUCUCCCCAACUUCUCUGGGGCUCCGAAGGUGCCUCUGGCUUUUCCAGGGGAGACCAUAGCAAUCUUUGGGGUGCUACACUACCAUCAUGAGAGGGGUUUUUGGGGUGUCCUGGCCCCCCCACCUGGAAAUGUCCCCCGUCCGGCUUCAUUUUGACCUGCCCCGCUCUGCCAGGUUGUGUUGAAGUAAAAGCGUGGGCCGAGAGAGAAGGGGACUUGUGUGGCUGGAAAACCCACCACCACCAGUAAAUGGAGAGCAAGAUGAGGAGGUCCUCCAGCCCAGUCUCAGGGUGGGAUGCUCCAGGACACAAGGUUGUGGUGAAGGAGGAACCAGAGGAGGAGCUGCCCAUCGAAUGCCCCCAGAGCCCCCCAGAGACCAAGAGAGAGGCGCCUCCUGAACCCAUGCCAGGGGCCAAGCGGGAAGUUGCUAUCAAGACGGAGCCGGAGGACGGUUUGUACGGCGCAGGGUCCGGGGAGUCCAGUGACGGAGAGUCCAGCAAUGAGACGGAUUCCUCCGACCCCAGACCUGAUGUCAUUGUGAAGAUGGAGCCGGAAGAUGAUGCGCCCCACUUUACAGGUUCUCCCAAGAGCGACAGAGAUCCAUGGACUGGGCAGGGGAGCGACCUGGGGACCCAGAAGGCUUCAGGAGGAAUACCCAAAAGAACGUCAUCCCCUCUCGGUGGCUUCAGUGUCCCCAGGGAGAAGCUCCUUCCUCCAGCCUUGCCCACCCCAGAGGCUGUCUCCAAGCGCUCCAGCAAGACCUACACGGCCGCUGAGCGCCCCUUCGCUUGCAGCGUGUGUGGGAAGCGUUUCCAGCACCGGGGCAACCUGAUCACGCACCUGCGGGUGCACACAGGGGAGAAGCCGUUCCCUUGCACAGAGUGCGGGAAGAGCUUCAGCCAGAAGGGGGACCUGAUGCGCCACUUGCGCAUCCAUACGGGGGAGAAGCCCUUUGAGUGCACAGUCUGCGGGAAGAGCUUCUGCUCCAAGCAGACCUUCAUCCUCCACCAACGGAUCCACACCGGGGAGAAGCCCUACGCCUGCCAGGAGUGCGGGAAGGCCUUCAACCGCAAGGCCAACUUCGUCACCCACCAGAAGAUCCACCGUGGCGAGCGGCCCUUCGUCUGCAGUGAGUGCGGCAAGGGCUUCUGUGCCAAGAAGACCUUCAUUCUCCACCAGAAGAUCCAUGUUGGCGACCGGCCCUUCAGCUGCCCCGAGUGCGGGAAGAGCUUCAGCCGCAAUGGGGACCUCACCCGCCACCAGCGCAUCCACACUGGGGAGCGGCCCUUCGCCUGCGCUGACUGUGGCAAGUGCUUCAGCCACAACGGGGAGCUGAUCAAGCACCAGCGCAUCCACACGGGCGAGAAGCCCUUCUCCUGCCUGGAGUGCGGCAAGAGCUUCAACCGCAAGGGCACCCUCAUCACCCACCAGCGCAUCCACACCGGGGAGCGGCCCUUUGUCUGUGGGGAGUGUGGGAAGACCUUCAACCUGAAGACCACCCUCAUGAAGCACCGGCGUAUCCACACGGGCGAGCGCCCCUUCACCUGCCUGGAGUGCGGCAAGAGCUUCAAGUACAAGGGGAACCUGCGCACCCACCACCUCACCCACACCGUGGAGAGGGUCUACCCUUGCACUGAGUGCGGGGCCAUCUUCGGCCAACGCAAGGAGCUCAAGGCUCACCAGGCGGCCCACGCUGACGGCCAACUGCUCCCUUGCUACGGCGGGGAUGAUGGCGAGAACCUGCGCCCCUUCCUCCAAAUGCACAGUCCCCUCCUGCUCUCCUGCGCCCCACUCCAGGUCCCCCUCGACACGUUGACCAAACUCAAGCAGGAGGCUGGGUGCAAAGAGAUUGAGCUGGGCAAUGCUGACCCUUAGCGGGAAGGUGGGUGGGCUGCUGGUGGACAGGCGCUAUUUUAAUUUAUUGUUGGCAGCCCAGCCAGCUGUGAAAGACCUUCUGUCCCUAGGGACAUGCUGCAUGAAAAAGGUAGGUACAGUGGGCCCUUGGUAUCUUCUGGGGUUUGGUUCCAGGAAACCCCCAUCCCCCAUGGAUGCUCAAGUGCCAUUAAAUACAUUGGAAUAGUCAAAUGGUGUCCCAUGUAUAUGAAAAGGCAAAGGCAAGGUUUGCUUUUGGGAUUUAUAUUAUAUUAUAUUAUGAAUAUUAUGAAUGUUUGAAUCUGUGGAUACAGGAUCCGUUGAAUCUGUGGAUACAGAGGGCCGACAUUACAUUCAUAUGUACAUGAAUGAAACAAAGACUUGUGUUGUGGGAUCUUGGAGCUGGAACUGCGCCUGUGGGUCUCUCCUAUGGCUGAAACCCAGGCCCCCCGGGAAGAUUCAUGGACAUUUGUGACCCUCUCUUCUGUUUCUAAAAGUCCAUUUUUGCUCCAUAGAUGGAUGGACAGAUGGAUGGUUCUCUCUUCUUGGUCUCACUGCUGCAGCACACAGUUUCUGUUUC